UGUAGGUAUUUACUGUAAUAUUUGAGAUAACUUAAGAGAUUGCAUUAUUCAUAAUUAAAAAAAAAGCAUCGCUUUGGCCCAAGAGAAAAUGUUUACGGAUACGAAAUUGUUUUCGAGUGCUCAGACUCGCAUUGCUGUUUCGCCCCGCCUAUUAACUAACGUGAUUGGUCAGACGCACGUUUGCUUCUCCUCUCUAUACAGACGCAUGUUUGGUAUUUCACUCCCAUCCCGAAUGGAAUUGUGCGUCAGCUUCGAUGCUCUGGUCACCACGGGGCGCUCGAACUAGUAACUUUUGUUGGGCACGCUCGGAAGUAUUGGCGUCUCGUCAGCAUUCAGCAAUACCCUGUAGUCCUGUACGGGUACGCCGGAUUUAUACUGACUCAAGUCACAGUAUAUGUACAUAGUAUACACAAAGUAGAGCCAUCUGUACAAGAAGAAGACGGGUACGCCGAAUGAUAUUUACACUGACCUAGCCUAAUCACCAAAUAUAACCUCCAAACCGUUUAUGUGUUUAUAUUUCUGCAUCACAUAUUUUUUGUGCAUAUGUAAUCUCCAAAAUAGUUUUUUUGUAGUAGAAAUUUGUUAAAUAAUGAGUACAUAGUCUUAUUGUGUAAACUACAUUUUUCCACUACGCUCUGAAUAGACGUAGUAAAUUUUGUACAUUUAAUGUACACAGAGUGUGAUGAUGGUUAUUAUUUAGUUCAAUAGUAUUACCAUUCACUUAAAGAAGAAGAAAAUAACUUAUAAAAUGUCCGGAAAAGGAAAGCAGAGUUCGAAGAAGGCUAUGGUGAAAGCAGUGAAAGAGAGUGGAAAGUUAGCUCAAACCCAAGCUGCACUAGCUAACUCUGAUACAAGCUCAGAGGGAUCUGAAAUGACAGCUCUUCCUGUAAUUAAAAUGAUAGAUAACAGUAAAGUGCUUCCCAGGUAUACAAGUAUAUUACAAAGAAAUCAAGAAGAUGGUAUCAAUAUGGAAGACUUGGAUACUUUACAAUUGGAAUUGGAAAUGUUACUAUCUUCAACUGUGGUGCGUAGUCGAAUGCUACAAGAAGAAAUUGCAAAUCUGUCGGCAUCAGAAGAGCGUAGAGAUAGAAGAUCAAAGGGUGGUAAAGGUAUAGCUUUAGUUGACAAGAAACUAAGAGACGAUAGGCUUAAACCCAGAGAAAUUGGACUUAAAUCUCAGUCCCCACUACCAGCCAAAUUAUUAAAACAGAGAGCAGCUGGCACAUCGGCAAAUCAAGUUGUACCAAAUCCACAUGAAAUUAUCAGAGUUGAAGGUUCAAAGUCGGAUGGUCAUGCGAAGCUUUUGCUGCCCAAAAAUGAUACUUUGAAUAAAUUCUUUGCUUCCGUAGAUCCUUAUUGUGCAGAUAUUAUGCCAGAGGAUCUUAAAUUGUUAGAAGAACUCAUUACCAAGCAUAAUGAUAUUGGAGAAUUUAAAAAGAUUCCCCCUUUGGGACGUCAUUACAGCUUAACAUGGAGUCAUAAUGAAUUAAUGCAAGAAGAGGAUGCUGGAAAUCCCAACAAAGAUAAAAAAAAGAGAAGUGAUUUAUCACUUUUGAUGUCAAAAGCAGAGAAAAAGACAAAUGGUAUUACUGGUCCUCUAACACAGAGAUUGGUUUCUGCUCUUCUAGAAGAAAAUGUCUAUGUAGCAAAUAAUAACACCGAUAAUAAAUUAUUUCGUGACGGAGACCCACCAGUUCUAAGAGAUUUGUCAAUUCAAAAUUCAAUGAAUCUAGAGAUGAGAAUGCACAAAGAGUUGGUUGAGCAAGGGCUUCUUGAUCCUGACUCUCUUAAGAAAAAUCCAGAAGAUGAUGAGAUUUUAGCUGAAAUAAAAAGGUGUCAGCAAGAGUUGAUUGCUCUCUCUAGUCAUAAUGCAUCGCAAUUAAAAAGACUGUUGCAACUGGCUCAAGAAGAAAGUAAACGACAAGCAUUAAAACGCAAAAUUGCAGAGGUAGAUAGUGAAGUUGUAAAGCAUUAUGAUAACUUGAUGCAAGCCAAAACAAAAAAGACCCAACUUCCUAGAAAGGAACAAGAAAAAGCAUGGAGUUGUUUAAAAGAAAGGGAAAAUCUUCUUGAGCAAUUAAACAUGUUGCCGUCCAAUAGCGUUGGUGAACCUCAAGUGUCAAGUGCUAAGCUUGUAAAUAACAUUGCAACUUAGUUUUAAAGUUUUAGCUAUAAAAUUACUCUGUUGACGUGAAACUUGAUUUUUUCAUGGCAAACAUUGAAUAUUGAUGAUUCAACAGUGAAAAAUUCAAGUUUCACAAUGUAUUAAAAGUGAACUAGUACAUAAAUAAUUUUCAAGGCAACGUUUUCAUUAUAAGAUUUAAUUUUUGCUAGUAAAAAUCAUGAUGCACUUCUUGUAAGCAAUAUUCUUACUAAUUAUGGAAAUUUGUACAAAUAAAUAUACCGAUAUAAUAAUAGACUUACAAAUGCUUCAAACUGAAGUAUAAACAAUAUAUAAGAAAUUAUAACGUUACAUUUGAAAAAUUACUUGUUGGUUUUAACAUUUCUGAUGUAUUAUUUACAAUUAAUUAUUAUUUUAAGUAAUGAUGAAAAUAUUGCGGAAUUAAGUUAGAAACUUUUAUAAUUUAAUGGAAAAAAAUUAAUUAAAAACGUUAUCAUAACAUAAUCAACGCACCAGAAUUGGCACUUGUUAAAUCUGAUCUAUGCAUCAAUAGUAGUAAAGAUUAAUUUUAAAUUUGUACAACCGAUUAACUUGUAUUUUUUUACAAAUUCGUGUUUACAGAAGAUAGUAUAGUGGUUAAAGAAAUAAAGAUAAUUUUGAAUAUUACAAAGUUAUGUAUUUACAAUAUCGGCAACAUUGUACUAUCUUCGUUUUGACCAUUAUCUUUUUUCUUUUACAUAUAAUGUAUAGAAGUUUGUUUAUACAGAUGGCAAUUAAUUUUUUUUUUAAUAGUUUGAUAGAGUUUUCAAGAUCUGAAUCAUCAAGUUCUUAUUGUGCAACAAAUCUUUCUCGGAGAAAUGUUUAUUGAAAAGUGAAACGUUCUUCUUUAAUAAUUGGCUUUAUUUGAGUUAAGACAUGAACAGUGAAUCAAAAUAAACGUAGAUAAUACAAAUGCCAAUAAAUUUAGUCACUUUUUCAACUUGACAGUAGAUUCAUUUCCGUAGUAAUCUGUUAUUAGUGUAAAUUAAAUCAUUCUCAUGUGAACUUCCAUAAAUAGUAGCGGCGAUUACAAAAUAAUAAGUACAUUAUUUAUAUUUAAAGUGUGUCUUAGCCAAUAAGUAUAUUUUUAGAUAGGUUUUGAAUUUUUCUUUUUUUAACAUGAACCUCUGCUAUCCCACGAAAUAGCUGCGCUUCGAAUGAUGUUAUAUUUAUUAUUGUAACAAAAUAAAGAAAUUAAUUUAAAAGUACAUACAUUGAUAAUAUUAUCAUAUCGGGGAAUGAAGUAAAAGAUAGAUUUUUGUUGUAAUUACUGUCUUGCAUUUAUUUU